AUGCGCAGAGCCCGAGCACCGCCCCCCACCCCCACCCCGGGGGGGGUGGAUCACGAGGAGCCUCGUUCUCGGCUCGCCCCUCCCCGCCCCCAUCCCGGGCGUGUCCCCGCAGAGGUCAGCUGGGCUGCUGCUGGCAUGGGCGCCGCGACCCCCGGCGGCUCUCUCCUGCUGCUGUGCCUGGGGUGGGGCUGCUUGGCCCAGGACUUCGUCUUCAACCCCGACUCGGGCUUCAGCUCCUACGAAGUGGUCAUCCCUAGGCAGCUGGUGCCCCGCGGGGGCGGCCCCGAGGUGGCCGGCCGAGUGUCCUACGUCCUGCGCAUCGAGGGCAAGAAGAUCAUCAUCCACCUGCGGCCCAAGAAGCUCCUGCUGUCUCGACACCUCCAGGUUUUCACCUUCACGGAAGACGGCACCCUAGUGCGGGACCAGCCUUACAUCCCGACGAACUGCAACUUCAGGGGGUCCGUGGAGGGCUCCCCCAGGUCGGAAGCGACGCUGAGUACGUGCUUCGGGGGCCUUCGAGGGAUGCUGAGGAUUGAGGACAGCAGCUACCAGAUCGAGCCCAUUCAGCCUUCCUACAACUUUGAGCACGUUGUCUAUCACUUGAAGGACGAUGGCACUCUCAACUUGACCUGUGGCUUAACUGAUAAAGAAAUAGACAGGCAGCUGAGCAGGCUACAGAACCUGCCUGCCCCCAGAACUGAUUCUUGGAGGAAGUCCUACCUUCACCAAAAGUAUGUGGAGCUGAUGAGCGUAGUUGAUAACACACGGUUCGUCUUUUUCAAGAACAAUUUAACAAAAGUCAUCAGUGAAAUUAUUGUCAUAACAGGUAUCAUGGACUCAUACUUUCAGCCUUUGAAUGUCAGAAUACACUUAAAAGUCAUUGAGGUCUGGACAGAUAAGAGCAAAUUACCUAUUGAGGAUAAUGACUUACGGUCAAUUCUUAACUUGUUCAUCAAUUACAGAAGAAAUAAUGGCUACACAAAAAUGAAAAUAGAUAUAACACACUUAUAUGUGCAUAGAACAGCUGCUGAUGUGCUUGGAUGGGGCUAUACUGCAGCUGCCUGUAAUAGGGAUUUUUCAGUAUCAGCAAGCCUUAUGCAAAAUACAAAUGUGCUUACUUCUUCUGGAUGGUCUACUCAUGAAUUGGGCCAUGUUGUUGGUAUGGGCCAUGAUUCACGAACCUGUUUUUGUCAAGGUAGAACACUGUGUAUCAUGGACGCUGGUGGAAGGUAUGGUUUCAGUAAUUGCAGUUUUGUAGAGUAUUUUCGCUUUUCGACUAGGGAAGGUGUGUGUCUAGAUAAUGUUCCAGGACUUCCAUAUACAGUGAAGCAAUGUGGAAACAAAGUAGUAGAGACAGGAGAGGAGUGUGACUGUGGUACAGCAGAGCAAUGUGAAACGGAUAAGUGUUGUCAACCUGAUUGUAAAUUGAAACCUGGUGCACAGUGUAAUACUGGUUUGUGCUGUACCGACUGUCAUUUCAGUCCAUCUGGACAUGUAUGUAGAGGCACAGAAAAUGAAUGUGACCUUGCGGAAUUCUGCAAUGGAACUUCAAAUCUAUGCCCAAAUGAUUUUUAUAAGCAAGAUGGAACCCCAUGCCGUAACACAUCCCGCUGUUACCAGAAGAGAUGUCCUGAUCGCUUUUUGCAGUGCAAAGAAAUUUUUGGAUUUGGCGCCAAAGAUGCCCCCGGUGUAUGCUAUGAAGAAGUACAUAGAACAGCCGAUCGAUUUGGUAACUGUGGCUUGUUAGGCCGAGACUAUAAAAGAUGUUCAGUGAGUAAUAUAUUGUGUGGAAGACUGCAGUGUGUCAAUGUGAAGAAUGUCCCUCAAAUGCCUGAUCAUACAGCAGUCAUUUUUAGUUAUGUGAAGAAGUAUAAUAUUCGGUGCUGGGGGUUAGACUUUCAUUCCUCAAUGAUAGCAAUGGGGUUACCUGAUGAAGGAGUCAUAAGAGAUGGCACUCCCUGUGGGAGGGACUUGAUAUGUAUUAACCAUACGUGUCGCAGUAUUUCAUUCCUCCGGUAUGACUGUAAACCAGAGAAGUGCAACCAACGAGGUGUUUGCAACAAUUUGAAAAAUUGCCACUGUAACUAUGGAUGGGCCCCUCCCUUCUGUGAGAGUCCUGGUUUUGGAGGAAGCAUUGACAGCGGACCUGCAGGAAAAGUGGAAAAAGUGUCCAAGCCAGUCAAAGUUGUGCCUGCUAUGUCUAUUCGACUUGGUUUAUUAGUUAUUUUAUUGGUUCUGGUAAUCUUGAAACAAGUGAUAGGAAGAUUCUUCAAACAAAAGGGGAAAGUGAUAGCUGAUUUAGCAAAAAAACCUCUGCCGAAGAACCAAAGGAAGAAAAGGGAGAAGUUCCCAGAGGAGCAACCCCAAUCUCUCAAAUGAGAUUAUUCUUAAAUUAGCUUUUAUAAAAAAAACAAAAAAACCCACUUCAUUUGAUUAUCUUCCGUGGAGGCAAGAAUGGCUCAUAACUAUUAAUUUCAU